AUGAAGCUCGCUCGUCUCAAGCGGAGUUUCUCAGAGGAAACUGUGUGCUAGUUGUGAAACCGAUUCUCCUGUCAACAUGAGCGCUGGGAAGAAGCUCAGGCACUUACUGGAUCUAACCGGGCUUGUUAGUUCAAAGAGGACAUCUGGGAAAUGAGGAUUAAGGAAACUCUUUUAUUGGCUAUAUUUUGAUGAGAACACUCCAACAGCAGUGAUGUCACACUCUCAGGAGCAGAGUCUGGAUGAAAACGUGGUCUUCCUGCCGUUGAGCGCCUCAGCACCGGAGUUCCUCCACUCCGAGCAGGAGCGUCAUGCUGUGGAGAAGCUCCUCAACGAAGGCCAGGAUGCCUUCUACAGCCUGCUGGGUCCAGAUCCAUUUGGCUGCUUCUUGUCCCCCGAGGAGGUCAGUCAGAUCAGCAGCUGGACUCAGAACUAUCAAUUCAGCAAGCUUCAUCCACCAUCUGAGGAGGACGAUGCCCGGGGUCAUCUGGACGGGAUGGAUUUUUGCUCCACCUAUUUCCCAUCCCACUCCGACGUACCCACUCCCAACUUAGAUUUGGGAUGGCCCGUGAAGCUGUCCUGGUUGGCACCCGGGGCCAUCACUGUCCACACGAGUCCUCCUGCCGAGGGGGAACGUCCCAUCAGAGAAAUCAUAAGGAGGAACUUACAAAACGCAAAGCAGGUUAUCGCCAUCGUAACAGACAGACUGACUGAUGCCACGAUACUCGGAGAUUUGCACAACGCUGCCUCCCGAGGGGUCUCUGUUUACGUCAUCCUGAACCAACGAUCCGCUCAGGAGAACUUCUCUGUUCACAGGCUCAGGCAUCCGCACAUCCGGGUUCGUCUGCUUGGAGGCAAGUCGUUCUGCUCCAAAACUGGAAGAAUGGUGGUAGGAGACUUGAAGAACAACUUCAUUCUGGUGGAUUUAGAGACGGUGAUUCAUGGCAGCUACAGCAGCCUGACGUGGACUGACGCUCACCUGCACCGGCAGCUUGUCACUGUCAUCACAGGCUCAGUGGUAGAAACCUUCGACAAAGAGUUCAGGAUAUUGUUCGCUGCUUCACUCCCUGUUCCUGACACGUUGGGGGUUGAAGGGUCACAUGUGAAAGUGACGCACCAGAUGAAAGAGUUCACUCAGCACAGCCCUCCGAAAAGGGUCUAUCAGGAGUCACAUUUUCCCAUCAACAACCCGCCGCCUCCUCCAGUCGACACGCUGCUGGACUGGGAGGCCAUGGGUGUUGUUCAGAGGGAGCACCUACCGAGCAGUCUGCUGGGCUACCAGGAGGACAAUGUGCUCAAGAAGGUGCCGCAGCUGAACAACACAAUGUUCGAGAGCCCCACUCCACUCAUGGAUGGAAUCACUCAAAAUGGAUUUCAGUGCAUGAAGACAACAAGGAGGCCGUUCGACAACACGCCUCCAGUAACCACCCCUGUGUUCGAGAAGCAAUCUUCCUGGAAAACAGAACGUUCUCCCUUUUACACCACGACUAGGGAACGAAUGAAAGAAGUGGAGAAUAAAAUCCAGCAGGCCGUUGCCAGGCGUCUCUCCGAGGAGAAAUCGGACGACAGACCGAGAGCCGCUCUUGAUGACAGAGGGUGCAAGCCCCUGCAGAACACUCUUCUUUCGUCCAGCAAGCGAAGAGAGUGGUUGAGAAUGGAGCCGCCUCUGGCGGUCGAGCACAUUAAGGAUGAAGUGAACUCCAAACUGGAGAACAAUCCGUCUUCCACAAAGCCUGUUAUCUUGCGGAUGCCGCAGGCGGAGAGCUUCAGCUCAUUGAGUGACAUCAUGAAGAGGAUCCAUUCUCAGCAGAGCUCCGUGGCGUAUCAAGGGAGGCCGCCCAAGUUCACCAUGUCUGAAAUGAGCCGCUCCAUGAUGGACCUGAGCGAGUACAAAGCAGAGGUGACCCAGGAGGAGAAAAGAGUGCCAGUGCCCAGAUUCAACUCCAGCCAGUAUUUUGACCCGGAUCAAGUGACCCCAGCGUUCACCCUGAUGCAGAAGAGGAACGACGACAUUAAAUCAUCUUUGUACAGAACUCCCAAAUCCUACCUACCCAGGGAAAGGCCCCGCAGCUCCUAUUACGGCUUGAACAUGAACUGGAGGUCACUCGCUGAGAAGAAAGAAGAACUGGAGUGAAGAAUUCUGUGUUAGGCCGGUGCCAUCAGUGGAUGGUUACAACCCUUGCAGUGUUGAUCUGUGUGUUUUAAUGUGUCUGUUGGUGAGUCCAUGUGGAGCCGAGACCUCACUGGGUGCUGUCAACGGUUUAACACAGGCGUUCAAGAACACAUAUACUUAAUACCAUAAUGCUGCUAAAAUAAAUCUGACCAGGAUUUCAGUUCAGGAUAUGCCUCACCAGAUAAAACAUGUAUUUGUUGUCUAAAACGUAAUAUUAUUGGUUUGUUAAUAUGUUUGAAGUCGUCAUGGUGGAUAUUAGUUUUUUUUAACGAUUUUUAAAUGGUGUUAGCAUUGCUAUCCCUUGACAUUUGUCUACUCUGUGUUUGCAGGUUGAACAAACACAACAGUUAUACAUAGCGUACGAAUUAAGUAUUGAAAACA